CUCUCUCUCUCUCUCUCUCCAUAUGUCCAUUCGAUCGCUGAGCCUCUUGAAAACACUCACAGCAACUCUCAAUUAAAAUUAAUGGAUUUCUUCACCAUUUCUCUCUACCUCGGCGUCCUCUUCGCUUCAUUCUUCUUCAUCUUUCUGCUUCGGAAGAGCAACAACAAUGGAAGAUCCCAUAAGCUCCCACCUGGUUCAACUGGGUGGCCACUAGUCGGCGACCACGCUGACUUCGCCAUUUCCGGCCCCGAGAAAUUCAUAAACAAGAAGCUCGCCAUGUUCCCCUCGUCGGAGGUCUUCCAGACCUCCUUGUUCGGCGAAAACAUGGCCGUCUUCUGCGGCCCGGCAGCCAAAAAGUUCUUCUUCUCCAACGAGAACAAGCUCUUUACCGCGUGGUUGCCUCGCUCUAUGGUAAAGGCGAUCGUCUUCCCUUCCUCCAACGUCGUUAAAGACGUGACCAUUCUGCAGCGCACCUUCUUUCACGACAUUCUCAAGCCGGAAGCUCUCCGGCAAUACAUCCCGAUAAUGGACUCCACGGCCCGUGAACAUAUAGACGACGAGUGGGUUCCCAACAAAGACCUCAAAGUUGUUCCCCUCCUGAAGAAAUACACUUUCGAAUUGGGAUGCCGGUUCUUAAUGAACAUCGACGAUCCGAAACGGAUAAAAACCUUAGCCGAGCCUUUCGACCUCGUCGCCUCCGGCAUGCGCGCCGUGCCAGUGGAUUUUCCUGGGACGGCUUACAACGGCGCCAUCAGAGGGGGGAAGAAAAUGCGGAAGGAGCUUCUGGACAUCGUUAGGGAGAGACGCGUAGAGCUCUCGUCGGGAAAGGAGGAUUCUGGCCGGCAAGAUUUCCUGUCCCUGAUGCUGCUGGCGUCGGAUAAAUUAGGAAGCGACGAGAGGGUAAACGAGACGAUGGUGACGAAUAGCAUGGCCGGGACGCUGCUCGCCAGUUACGAUUCCACCGGUGCGGCUGUGGCCAUGCUCUUGUACUUUCUUGCUGAGCUUCCCCAUAUCUAUGAUGGCGUCUACAAAGAGCAAAUGGAGAUUGCAAAAAACAAAGCGUCGGGAGAGCCAUUGACGUGGCAAGAUAUAGAGAAUAUGAGAUACUCAUGGAACGUGGCGCGUGAAUCCCUGAGGCUGUCGCCGCCUCCUCAAGAAUCCUUUAGAGAGGUCACCAACGACUUCACCUUUGCCGGUUAUACCAUUCCCAAGGGAUGGAAGGCACUCUGGACAGUGCAUUCAACGCACAAGAAUCCAGAAUACUUCCCGAAUCCAGAAGAGUUCGAUCCUUCGAGAUUCAAAGGAAGCGGGCCUCCAUCGUACACAUUCACACCUUUUGGAGGAGGACCUCGGAUGUGUCCUGGAAGGGAGUAUGCGAGGCUGGCGAUUCUGGUUUUCCUUCACAACAUUGUGACCAAAUUCAAACUGGAGAAAGCUUCUAAAUGGCAGAACACAACAUACCGUUCAAUGUCCCCAGCUUCAAAAGCUGCCUUAGAAGUUUGUGUUCGGCCUCAUGCAAAAUAAAUUAAUCACCCACCAUGAAAAAAAAGUAAGAAAUAAAUAAAUUACUCAGCAGGCAGUUGAUCAUCACUUCAAUAUUAUUCUUGGCUUUUAUCUAUAUGUGGUGUUGUUUUACUAGGUUUUUAUGUAUGUUUUUGGUUAGUAUUCAAUGUUGACUAAUAAUAAUUUCCAUAUACUUACCACCUCACUUGGGUGCCAUGCCCCAUGGAGGGGCUCUUUCCAGCCUUCAGUUGUGCAACAAAUGUUAUGUUGUAUUAGUAAUAGAAUUAAUAAUACAUUAGUUGUAGAUGAUCUUGUUAGGGUAUUUUGUCACAUUAAUAAUACAUUAGUUGUAUUAGUAA